AUGCGCCAAAAACAUGCUGCGCGCCGCCUCUGGCCCGUUCUUGUGGCUUCGACACUUGGGUUGAUCGCCUACGGGGCUCUGUGCCCAUCGAAGGUUCGGCUAGGAGGACAUUCAUCUGAAAUACCCAUGGUCUUUGCUUCCGAGACGACGGACAACAAAGCAGGUUUCGAUAAUCUUCAUCUCACUGUAGAACAGUGUCAGGCGGCGUUUCCAGGAUUGACCAAGGAGAUAGAUUCGGCCGUGGCUCAAGGUUCAUUCCAGCUUAGCGUUGCCGAUGCCUCUGUAUCCCUGCUGGGACAGAUCAAGGACAAUAAGAUACUGAUCAUCCGCGCCCCGAGACCAGUAGAUAUGUCCGACCAAUGGAAAGAGCGACAACGAGCAGCGCUUCACCAAAUCCACCGAGCCAUUUUGACGUCACCCUCCCGCCUUCCUGACACCGUCUUCAAUCUGUAUAUCCAGGAUACGCCCGUAUCUAACUCAUGGUCUCAUAGCCGACCCGCCAUCUCCUCUUCUCCGAGACACAUCUUCCCUAUUCCACACUUCGCCUUCUGGGCCUGGGAUCAGCCUUUUAUUCGCUCCAUCCCACAAGCAGCUGCGGCAACUGAUGAUAUAGAGGCAGCUUUGUCGUUUGCCAAGAAGGAUCGUCGAGCGGUAUGGCGUGGAACGGCUUGGUUCAACAAUGGUGCUAGUGCAAAUCCAAGAUCACGACAGGAUCUCAUUAGGAUGACCAAGGAUGCGAAAUGGGCCGACGUACAGGCAUUAGAAUGGACAAAUAACGGAGAAAACGCAACGAAUGCCCUCAGGAUCGAAGACUUCUGCCGCCACAAGUACAUCAUCCACACUGAAGGGGUGUCUUACUCGGGUCGGCUGCAAUUCCACCAACUGUGCGAAAGCGUGAUCAUAAGCCCACCGAUCGAGUGGUUACAGCACACGACACACCUCGUUAAACCGGUAUACUCGAGCGUGUUGCUUAGUGGGGGUAAGGAGCAUCCCAUCCAACAUGACUUGACCAAGAAGCAAAGCCAAUACCCUUCCGCAAGAACCCAAGAGACGUGGCCGGCAACGGUUCGUCCAGAGGAGGCAAACAUGGUCUUUGUCAAUCCAGACUGGUCGGAUUUGGAUGCUACGAUCAGCUGGUUGGAAGACCACCAGGAAGUUGCUCGUGGUAUUGCGCAGCGGCAACGGGCGCUAUUUGUCGGACGCGGCUACCUGAGCCCGGCCGCGGAAGUGUGCUACUGGCGGGCGCUCAUUAGAGGAUGGAGCCAGGUGACACGCGCCGAUAAGGCUAUUUGGGAGAACGCCGAGGCGGUCAGCUGGGAAGAGUUCAGCGUAAGACCCGAUAGCACUCAGAAAAGACCGUGA